CACAGUGUGCCGGACACUCGGUGCAAUAUCUCGCGCUAACUGUGCGUUUUGCGACAGGGUCCGACGCGGCUGGUGCUGCGACUGCCGAGCCGCGGCCGCGCGCCGCUGCUGGGACGAGCACGAGGUGCUGGCCGUCAAGGCCGCCCUGAGGCGCCACCUGCGCGCGGGCGAGCUGCGGCAGGCCGCCGGCCAGCUCGAGGACCUCCUCCGCGAGUGCCAGCACGCCGAGACCCUCCUAGUCCUGCAGUCCGAAGCGUCCUGGAGCCUGACCCUGCGGAGCGGGCGCCACGAGCUGACGGGGACCGUGAGGAACGCGGAGGACGCACUCACCAAGGCCAUGUGGCUGGUGCUGGCGGAGAAGUUUCCCCUCUCAAAGGUUCGAGACGCCGCCGCCGACGGCCCACCAACUGCCGAGCCCCCUCCAACAGACGGGCCACCAGCUGCCGAGCGCCCUGCAGCUGCCAGGCCACCAGCUGCCGAGCGUGCUGCAGCUGCCAGGCCACCAGCAGCCGUCGGCCUUGCGACGGCGCCCCCGACUUUGAUGCACAGGUGGAAGGAAGAGAAUGACCAGGAGGACGACCAGGUAUACAUAUAA